AUGCUAGUCCAUUAUAGAGAUACAACUCCUCAGAAGAAGAAGUUGCCAUUUGAGAUUACGGGAGAUGGAGUCCUCAGGUAUCCAGGCAGAUUGUGUGUUUCAGGUGUUGCAGUUUAUGCCUACAGAUUACGGGAGAAGCUGAUCAUUCUUGCUAUUAUAUUCAUCCAAGGACAACGAAAUAUGUAUCAUGAUAUAAAGAAGAUUUACUGGUGGGACGGGAUGAAGAAAGACAUAGCUGAGUUUAUAGCUCAGUGCCCUAAUUGUCAGCAGAUAGAUGUACAGGCUGAACGUAUGAUCCAGAAGCUUGAGGAUAUGUUAUGGGCCUGUGUGAUAGAUUUCAGAGAUAGCUGGUAUGAUCAUUUUCCGCUUAUUGAAUUUGCGUAUAGUAAUAGUUACCACUCCAACAUUCAGAUAGUUCCGUAUGAAGCCUUGUAUGGACGAUAA